UGAAAGGGGGGGGGCCACAACCGGGUGGGAAUCAAAUGGGGGGAGGGCCAGGGAAUGGUGGUCAAAAUAAUCAGUGGAAAGGGCAGCAGAAUAUGCAAAAUAGAAAUUGGAACCAACAAGGCUUUCCUAAUCAACAGAGACAGGGCCCCAUAGUUUGCUAUGGAUGUGGUCAGGAGGGGCACAUAAAAAGAUGGUGUCCAAACGCCCAAGGGAUGUACCCAGGUAACCAGGGGACCUGGGUACCUAAUCAGCCUCAGCAAUCGCAGGGUUACCCCAACUUGGCCCCACCUCCCCAGGCUAGGCCCCCAUAUCAGAGUGGGGGACCUGUAAAUUACCAAGGUGCCCAAAAGGGGUGCCCAGAGAACCCAGGCAGAGUAGGACAGCAUGUAAUGAUAACAAACGGGCCAGAACAAGAACCUAUAAUAAAUGUACAAAUCGGAGGAAAAAUUGUCCCUAUGAUGAUAGAUACUGGAGCAACAUGUACAUGCAUUAGGAAAGAAUAUGCCUCACAUCUGCCACUGUCGGGAGAAGUUAUUCAAACAGUAGGGUUCUCUGGGAAAACAAUGUUAAGCCCGACCACAAAACCGGUAUUAAUAAAAAUAGGCGCAAAAGAAGCAAAAUUAGAGGUAGUAGUAUGCAAAAAUUCCCCCAUAAGCCUUCUAGGAAGAGAUGCAAUUCUGGCCUUAGGACUAAAAUUAAACUGUGAAAGAGGGGGCAUAGAUUUAACAGGAAUGUACUAUAUGAGAAGUGAAAACCUCCACAUGGCAAAUGUAUAUUGGGUAGGGGAUAUUAAGACACAAGUAAAAGACCAAGUGUGGAGCACUUGGCAAAAAUAUGUUGAGGCUCAGAUCCCGCAGGCAAUUGAGCCAGAAUAUGACUUACAUUGUACUAUGAGGUUUGAUUCCUACCAGGACCUAGAUCUAGAAAGAGAGUGGAGUAAGGGAAAAGGAGAAAGACAACAUUUGGUGUCAACUGUGCUCCUGAUAGGACAGGAAGGAGCAGCAUUAAACAUAGAAAGGACCCCAUGGAUUGAGCAGUGGUUUCAGGAGGAACAUGCGGCCCCACACAUAACGUUAAAAGUAAAUCCAGGGUACCAAGCUAAGGACUUAGGUCCUAUGGUUAAGAGAGCAGAAGAGCUCCAGUUCAGGCCAACAGAAAAUUCUUUAAUUUGGUGCACAGCAGAUCAAAAAAUGAUCAAAAUUAUGGUAAGUGCUCAGAUGUGGGGAAAGCCCCAAAUGGUGAGGGUACCGUGGGAAGAGGGUACAAAACGGGAGAAAUCUGGAGAAAAUUUGGGCAUAGAAGAACAUUUAAACCAAUUACCAAGUCAACUAUGGUCUUAACAUGACACUGAUGUAGAUAAAGUGAAAUCAGCAAACCCGGUUGAAGUGUACUUAAAACCAGGCUGUAAAGGUCCAUUUAAAUUACAAUAUCCUUUAAAAAGAGAAGCAGUGGAGGGAGUGAGAAAAACCAUAGAAGGUCUGUUAAAAUCAGGAGUGCUUAGAGCAACGCAAAGUCCAUAUAAUACGCCUUUAUUGCCUGUAAAAAAAGCAGAUGGGGGAAAAUGGAGAUUGGUGCAUGAUCUGAGAGCAGUAAAUGAUGUAGUGCAGGAAAUGACGGCAGAAGUGCCUAAUCCUCAUACUUUGUUAACCAAUGUUCCUCAUACUGCAAAAUGGUGUACAGUAAUAGAUCUGUGUUCUGCUUUUUUCAGCGUUCUGUUGGCCGAACAAAGCCAAGAGCUGUUUGCCUUUACAUAUGAAAACCGGCAAUAUACGUACAACAGAAUGCCGCAGGGGUUUAAACAUUCGCCGCAUGUGUUCAACCAAGGGUUAAAAGAUGACUUACAAGGUUUGGACCUCAAAAGUGUGGUGUUGCAAUAUGUUGAUGACUUAUUACUAUGUGCAGAUACAAAAGGGCAGUGCAUAAGCGAUGAAAAUGCUGGAGAAACUGGCAAAGGGGGGACACAAGGUGUCCAGGAAGAAGCUGCAGCUCUGCUCUCAGGAGGUGGAGUACUUGGGAAGAGUAAUCACGGCUGGCGGCAUCCAAUUGGUGUCGUACAGGGUGACUAACGCAGGAGCCAGGCGCCAGACGGGUGAUUCCAGUUUCCGGCGGAAGCUGUCACAGUCCAGGGAGACGGGGAGAGCGGAGGGACUGCGGGCGCUGACACCAUUCCAGGGAGCAACAGCACCAACAGUGCCCCUGCGGGUCCAGUAUGAGAAUCGCAAGCCGGCUUUCCAGUGGAGUGACGUGCAGACCGCGUACUCUGGAUUGGAAGAUAUACCAGGAGCCCACCAACUACGAGGACUGCGGCAAAUCCUCGUGCUACGAAUCAACGUGUUAAGAAACUGUGUAUGAUAACUUUGUUGGGUCACUUAGAAUAAUAUAUAGAGCUUUGAUAUGUAUAAUCAAAUUUUGCGACUGGAGAGAGUGUUGGAGGAACCAUGGGAACAACGUUACAUUGAGGAAUCUGAUACAUUUGGAUGCUGCUAUGGCAGCAGGGGAUGCGCAGGCACCCAACGUAAUAUACAUGGGGUGGUGCACACCCGACGCUGUCUGACGCUGAGAAUAAGAAUACAGCGAGGGGAGUCUUUCGGGGCCAUAAGAUUUGACCCCGAAAGGGGGGAAAUGUAGGAAAAGUUUGAGACUCCCCAUGAUUGAGAUGGCGUCACAUGUUAAAGUUAGGGAAUUCCCAUCAAUGUUGAUCAAACUGGUUCCUCCAAACUCUCGAUGCUUCAUGAUAAAAAUAUAUCACAUGUAUAACUAUACACUCAUAUAAUCAAUGUGUAAUCCAAUAAAUCUAUAUCAGUAGUUGCAGCAAAGCUUAUGGAAACGCAAGAAACCACAGUAUCCACUGUAGAAAAAAAGGCAAACGCAGAAGGCUUAAGAAAAAUCACACUUACUCACUCAGCAGAAAACACUAAUCAAAUACUAAUCAUACACUAUUGCCUAUAACUUCAGCAGAUAACACUAACCAAAAAACUAAUCAUAUAUUGCUAAAAUAUAAUCCAAAAACUAACAAAAC